UUCAUUUUAUAUUUAGUUUCUCCUUCAUCAGGUAUCAAAACAGGAACAGUUCAACUGUUAGAACAAGUACAUCAAUGACUAAAUCAAAGUAAAAGCAUCACCAAAUCCACCGAGUUUCUAAUAUAACCUCAAACAAAGAAACCUCUUAUUCCAAACUCCUAUGAAAAAAUGGCUCCUCCUUCCAAACUCUUCUUCUUCUUCUUCAUCAUCAUCUUCCUCUUCUUCUUCUCCUCAGUAUCAGGACUCUCUUUCAAGUUCAACUUCACAGAGUCUAACCAGAACCCUGAGUGUAGCUCAAACCAGAACACCCAAUGCAUAAAAUACCAAAAUGAUACAUUCUUCAACAAUGGCAUCCAAGUCACCAAAAACCAACUCGGGGCUCCGAUCACUGACAGCGUUGGCCGGGCAGUCUACGCUGAGCCAGUUCUUUUAUGGGACUCAAAAACAGGGGAGAUGACUGACUUCACCACCCGUUUCACCUUCCAAAUUAAUUCAUUCAAUGAGUCAGUGUAUGGUGAGGGUCUUGCCUUCUUCCUCUCUCCUGAUCCUUCUAUCAUUCCCUUCAACUCAAAUGGUAGCUUUCUUGGUCUUGUAAACACCGCUGCCAAUUUCACCAACGUGUCUGCAAAUCCUAUUGUCGCUGUGGAGUUUGAUACUUUCAUGAAUGCUUGGGAUCCUAGUGAUAAUCAUGUUGGAAUUAAUCUGAAUUCUAUUCGAUCAGUUAACACUGUUAAAUGGAAUAGUAGUAUAAAGGAUGGAAGGCAAGCUAAUGCAUGGGUAUCUUAUAACGCUAGUUCUAUGAAUCUGAGUGUGUUCUUGACUUACGUGAAAGAUCCAGUCUUUGGUGGGAAUUCAAGUUUAUCUUAUAAGGUAGAUUUGAGAAAAUUCUUGCCGGAAAAUGUUGUCGUCGGAUUCUCGGCAGCGACCGGGCAGGCGGUGGAGAUACAUACAAUAUUAUCUUGGGAAUUCAGCUCAAGUUUGCAGAGGAAGGAGAAGAAGAGUAAGACUGCGCUUGCGGUCGGGUUGGCUGCUGGUUUUGGGGUGUUGGUUAUCUUAUUUGGCAUGCUCUGGUUUGUGUUGUGGAGGAGGAGAUGGUGGAGAAAGGAUGAAGAAGAGGAGAUGGAUGUUUCAAUGGAUGAUGAGUUUGAGAAAGGAAGAGGACCAAAGAGGUUCACUUACAAUGAUCUGGUUACUGCAACAAGGAAUUUCAGAGAAGAAGGGAAGCUUGGAGAAGGUGGGUUUGGAGGUGUUUACAAAGGUUUUCUUCAAGAACAGAACCUUGAGGUUGCAAUCAAAAAGGUGUCUAAAGGGUCUAAUCAAGGGAAAAAGGAGUAUAUCUCAGAGGUGAAGAUCAUAAGCAAGUUGAGACACAGGAAUCUUGUGCAACUUGUUGGAUGGUGUCACAGCAGAGGUGAUUUCCUUUUAGUUUAUGAGUUCAUGCCUAAUGGUAGUCUUGACACUCAUCUUUACAAGAAUACAACACUGCUAGCUUGGCAAGAGAGGUAUAAGAUUGCUCUUGGAUUAGCUUCUGCUUUGUUGUAUCUUCAUGAAGAGUGGGAGCAGUGUGUGGUGCAUAGAGAUAUCAAGCCAAGCAAUGUCAUGCUGGAUUCUGGGUUCAAUGCUAAGCUUGGGGACUUUGGGUUGGCCAGACUUAUAGAUCAUGAUGGUGGUUCACAGACAACAAUUGUGGCAGGAACAAGAGGUUACAUGGCGCAGGAGUACAUCACCACUGGCAAGGCAAGCAAGGAGUCUGAUGUUUAUAGCUUCGGCAUUGUCGCACUGGAGAUAUGCUGUGGCCGCAGACCAGUGGAGCUGACAGAGGAGCCAGGCAAGGUGCUGCUGGUUGAGUUUGUAUGGGAUCUUUAUGGCAGAGGUAUGAUACUUAAGGCAGCUGACAAAAGGCUUGAGAAUGAGUUUGAUGAAGAUCAGAUUGAGAGGCUGAUGGUUGUUGGUUUAUGGUGUGCUCAUCCUGAUUAUAAUCUAAGGCCUUCUAUGAAACAAGCCAUUAGUGUUCUAAACUUUGAAGCUCCAUUGCCUGCACUUCCUUCCAAGAUGCCUGUGGCUAUGUUCUGUGCACCACCACUUGAUUUGUCUCAGUUUGCUUACACAUCAACAAAUUCCAGCAGUCUUCCAGGCAGGUCUCACACUAGUUAUACGUCCAAUUCCUCUCAAUCUUCAGCAUCUACACAUAUCUCAACCUCACUGCAUCUUCUGGCUUCCACAGAACAGAGGAGUCCUGGCAGUGUCAUCUAACUGUCUGCUGGUGAUGAUCUUGAUCUUAAAUACUUUAAUUGUAAAUUUUUACAUCUAGGCUUUGGUUCUCAGAAAUUAGUGAGAUGCUUAUCAAAUUUAAUUCCUAGUUUUGCUUU